UUUCCCAUACAAAUUGGGAACAAAAAGAAAAAGGCUGCCCAAAAGAACCAGAGAAGCCAAUGAAGAUGGUAGUGUGUCUCAUAGCGAUUUGCUGAAAGCAAGGGCAGGAAUGAAGAAUGAAUAAAGAGAGCUCAGAAGUGACAGUGCCAGUCUGGGGCAAUAGUAGUUUCUUUAUCUGAGCUACAGGAGCUUUUGAAGCCACACCUGACAAUGUGCAGUCCUCAUCACCACAGCUUCAAAGCCCUUUUUCUACUGAUGCUGUGUAGAUCAAUGCAAACUGCUGAAGCUGAAGGAAAAGGUGAAAUUUUUCCUCCAACUAUACACAAAAUAAUAAAAGGGUACAACAAGUAUCUACGUCCAUUCUUUGACAAUGGUCCUGUGUCGGUUGGAAUGAGUCUGGAUAUUGCAAGCAUUGACACAAUAUCAGAAAUAAACAUGGAUUACACAGCUACCAUAUUUCUAAGGCAGCGGUGGACUGAUGAGAGACUUUGUUUUGAUGGUAAUAAGAGUUUAAGUCUCGACGGUCGGCUUGUGGAAAUGCUUUGGGUACCAGAUACCUUCAUAGUUGAUUCAAAAAAGUCUUUUCUUCAUGAUAUCACUGUUGAAAAUCGUCUUAUAAGAAUAUAUCCUAAUGGAACGGUCUUGUAUGCCCUACGGAUAACCACAACUGUUGCAUGCAGCAUGGAUCUGACCAAAUAUCCAAUGGAUAAGCAGACAUGUACUUUGCAACUGGAGAGCUGGGGUUAUAACAUCAAUGAUGUCAUGUUUUACUGGACUAGAGGAAAUGAUUCAGUUCGAGGUUUAGACACACUCCGACUAGCCCAAUAUACAGUAGAGGACUACUUUACCUCAGUAUCUGAAGCUGUAUAUGAGACAGGACGUUAUCCAAAACUAGUGUUUCAUUUUGAACUCAAGAGAAACAUCUUAUAUUUCAUACUAGAGACAUAUGUACCAUCAAUCCUACUGGUUGUGCUCUCUUGGGUAUCAUUUUGGAUAAGCCAGUCGUCAGUUCCAGCCAGAAUCUGCAUAGGUGUCACCACGGUCCUUACUAUGACAACACUUAUGAUGGGAGCCAGAACGUCACUCCCUAAUGCUAACUGCUUUAUUAAGGCAAUUGAUGUGUACCUCGGCAUCUGUUUUAGUUUCAUCUUUGGAGCUUUGUUAGAAUAUGCUGUGGCUCAUUUCUGCACUCUGCAUCGACCCAUUUCGAAGGAACUUAAAAAGGCUGAGGAUGAAGAGGCUGAGGAGGAGAGGAAUGGAGUACUGGCAGCAGUUGCAAAGAGUUGCGAUGUCACUGACAACAUGAACAAGAUUGAUUCAAACAAAAACAGCAAAGCCAGUAUCAACGGAAAAAAGGAGAGAAGUAAACACAGAGGGUGGAGUUCACCAAUGUCAGUAAUGAAAAGACUUUUCUGUAUCUUUGAUUGCUUCCAUGUUAAAAAUCCCUACCACAUAGACAACUAUGCCAGAUUUUCUUUCCCAUUGUCGUUCAUCAUAAUAAAUGUAUUUUAUUGGAUAUAUUAUUUGUAUUUCUAAAUAUUUUAAUCUUUAAAAAAGUUUAGAAAGUGGAUACAGUAAGGGAAGUUGCACUAGGAUGGGGAAGUUGCAUUAGGAUGAAAGGAUAUGAAAGGACGUCAUCUUUUCAAGCAUUUCUACCAAGUUUCUUGUUAGCUCACUUUCCCUCUGUUAAGUGACUGUCAUCCAAAACUGACUUUCCUUUUGGCAUGCUUGUCCCUUGUUGUACUAUCUGUCAAAGGCCAUUAAGUCCUUUCUUAAUAAUUUAAUGAUCAGCUUUGUAAAAUAAGAAUUUUAUUACGCUUGCUUCUGAGCUGUGUUGAAUACAUUUAAGAAUAAGGCCAGUGUUAUUUUCCUGCCAUGCUUUUAGUAUUGCAUUCCUUCUAGCUUUGUCAAUAAUGCAUAAGUUUUCCAGAUUAUUAUGUAAGAAAAUGUGUAAUUGCAGAUCAAAAUGGUUUAGCUUAAUAGCAAAAAACAAUUUUGCAAUCAUGGGCUACCAGCACAAACCACACCUCAUGGUUGUCUUUGAAAGAUCACAAAUACAUAUCAAGUCUCUUUUCUAAAUCUUUAUACAGACUUCUGAUAGGUAUCAAGAGCAUCUCUGUGGGUAAGUGCAUGGCAGAACACAGAAAUGGACUGGAGCCAAAAAGCCUGGAUCCAGAGAGCUGCUUUCCCCAAGUGAGAACGUGCUUAGGUGUUGGCCAGUCCGUAACAGAAUAUGGCCAUUUAUCCUGAUGUCUACACUCUGUACUCUGCUCAGGCACAGUUGCCUGGGUAACAAUUAGCCAGAGGAUAAAUUUGAUAUGCCUACUUUUCAGCUUAGCAAAUUCCUCUUGAGUUGCUUGCAGUUAAAAAUUGCCCCCCAAAAUGAGAAGGCUUACUUUUUGAAUUCAGAAGAAAACCCCUGGAUAUGCAAUAAUUCUUGAUGAGAGAACGGGAAGUUUUACACAGAUGAAAUCAUGACCCACCUUGGAGAAUAGUUACACUUGAGUAUAACAGUAUUUCUGAGUGCUUACUUCAGUGACAGAUAUUACAAUACAAAAGCUAUUGAUGUUGCAACCUAUUUUUUAUACUGUGGUCUGGAAGUUUAGAAGCACCAUGAUUUAUGUGUAGGUUGCAUACAUAUGUAUAAAUGUGUACAUGUGCAUUUAUAGACUGUUUACCUUGACAUUUAUGAUGAUCUGACACACUGCACAAAUAGACGUGCAUAUAAAAAUAUAGAAUAUUAA